CUGCAGCUAGCAACGCUCCGUACGAAAAACGUCAAAAGCUUCUCCAGUGAGAGCGAGAGCGAGGGACGAGCUAUACAGACAGAACUAGGGAGACGCGAUUGUAAUUUCUUUAGCCAGGAAGUUCGGGGAUGGGGUGAUGAUUAACAAUACUAUGUAGCAGUUUAACGGAUAGUUAUUAGCGAACAGCUAUGCUGAUCAGACCAGGAUAAGCAAGACCAUAUGGUCAGCUUCACUUUAGCACAGUCAAGCAUUCACACAGACGCACACCGUGCACGCUUUUUUUUAGUGUAUCUGGAUUGAAAUCCGUUCUUUUUUCUUUUCUUAAACAUCCUAUUUCCCAUUUCUAACCAGACCUCCUGGAUACUCCAACACAAGAUGUUUUGUGAUGUUUGAAUGAUGGCGGAGGGACAGGCGAUCUUACCUGGAACAGGACCGUUGCUUAUACUGGCGACAGAUUCAGCGUCCGAACUGACUGGGUACACUGAGCACUCAGAGCCGCAUCACCCUUCCACUACCCGGGCUUUCCUGGAGGUUACGGCGGCGGCGGCGAUCGGGAAGUGUGCCGGAGGAGCGGAGCCCCUGGUCUCCAACGGAAGGUGUAAGGAGGAUGGGAGCCCCCAUUCCGGGAGCAGUAGCAGCAGCAGCUGGGACAAUUCUGCGGACAGGAAUCCGGCUAACCCUCGAAGCAGCAUCAUGAAGUGUACAUGCGAGAUGAGGGUUAGUGCACCGAGUGAUGGACGGGAGGAAGUCUGGGGACAGAACUGGGGCAGCUGGUGGAGUGCGCUGGAGGAAAUGCCUCAAGCUACAUCUUCACAGGGGCUUCCUCUCAUUCAAGUGGACGGGUCCCGUCAGAGGCAGGUUCGGAAGAAGACGGUCUCCUUCAGCUCCAUGCCCAGUGACCGCAAGAUCAACAGCACAGCGGCCUGCAUGUCCUUCAUGGUAGAGGGCUGUGAGAUGAAGAAAGUGCGCUCCAACUCCCGGAUGUACAACCGCUACUUCAUCCUGGACUCGGACAUGAGGUACCUGCGGUGGGAGCCCUCCAAAAAGGACUCUGAGAAAGCCAAGCUGGAGAUCAAAACCAUCAAAGAGGUGCGGCUUGGCAAGAAGACCCCCGUGCUCCGCAGCAACGGCCUCUUGGAUCAGUUUCCUGACGAGUGCGCCUUCUCAAUCAUAUACGGUGAGAAUUACGAAUCCCUGGACUUGGUAGCAAGCUCGGCGGAUAUCGUGAACACUUGGGUGAUGGGUCUGAGGUAUCUAGUCUCCUACGGGAGGCAUGCUGUUGACGUCAUUGAGGCCAACCCAACGAGCCUGAGGACCUCCUGGAUCUCUUCCGUGUUUGAGGUCGCUGACUUCAAGAAAGAAGGACAGAUUGUCUUGUCCAGGGCUGUCCAGAUCAUUAAAGGGCUGAACCCAGGAAUGAAGGCUUCCAGGAUUGAGCUGAAGUUUAAGGAGCUGCAGAAAUCCAAGGGUAGGAACGGAGAGGACAUCACAAAUGAAAUCUUCACCGAGGCCUACUGUGAGCUGUGCACCAGGCCAGAAAUCUUCUUUCUCCUCGUGCAGUUCUCCAGCAACAAGGAGUAUCUGGACUGUAAAGAUCUGAUGCUCUUCGCGGAGGUGGAGCAAGGCAUGGAAGGGGUGACGGAGGAGAUGUGCGCGGAGAUCGUCAACAAGUAUGAGCCAUCCAGGGAAGGCAAGGAAAGGGGCUACCUCUCCAUUGACGGCUUCACCCACUACCUCCUCUCUUCGGAGUGCCACAUCUUCGAUCCCCAGCAGAAGAGGGUCUGCCAGGACAUGACCCAGCCAUUGUCUCACUACUACAUUAACUCAUCCCACAAUGCCAGCAUCUUGGAGGACCAUUUCUGGGGUUCCUCGGAUAUAAGCGGCUACGUCCGGGCCUUGAAAAUGGGAUGCCGGAGCUUAGAGCUUGUGGUGUGGGAUGGGCCCGAUAACGAGCCUAUAAUAUACGUCGGACACUCUGUGUCAUCGCAGGUUGCCUUCUGCAAGGUUAUUGACGUGAUCAAUCAGUAUGCGUUUGACGCGUCCGAGUACCCAUUGAUUCUUUGCUUGGUGACGCACUGCUCAGUCCGGCAACAGAAGGUCAUGGCUCAACACAUGAAGAAGAUUCUCGGGGAUAAACUCUACCUAGAUCCGCCUGACACGGAAGAGAAUUAUUUGCCCUCGCCCGAGAAACUCAAGAGAAAAAUCCUCCUUAAAGGUAAGAAGUUCCCCCCAAACUACCCUGAUUCAGAAGGAGAUGUCACUGACGAAGAUGAAGGGGUGGAGGUGUCUAAAAGGUUGGGAGAAGAGUAUAAGGACCAGAUGAACGGAAGGCUAAGGCUCUGCAAAGAGCUUUCUGACGUGGUCUCCUUGUGCAAGUCAGUCCAGUUUAAAGAUUUUGAGGUGUGCAAGAGAUACCAGAAAUACUGGGAGAUAUGUUCGUACAAUGAGGUGGACGCUAAUAGGUUCGCCAACGAAUACCCGGAAGACUUUGUCAGCUACAAUAAGAAGUUCCUCUCAAGGGUGUACCCAAGUCUGAUGAGAAUUGAUGCCAGUAACAUAAACCCCCAGGACUUUUGGAAAUGCGGCUGCCAGAUGGUCGCCAUGAACUACCAGACCCACGGACUGAUGAUGGAUCUCAACAUUGGCUGGUUCCGCCAAAACGGGAACUGUGGCUAUGUGCUUCGACCAGCUAUCAUGAGGGAGGAGGUAUCCUACUUUAGUGCCAAUGCAAAGGACUCCCUGCCCGGGGUCUCAGCUCAGCUGCUCCACAUAAAAAUCAUUAGCGGUCAAAACCUACCCAAACCUAAAGGCUCCGGUGCCAAAGGAGAUGUAGUAGAACCGUACAUCUACGUUGAGAUUCACGGAAUCCCAGCCGACUGCACGGAGCAAAGGACUAAAACCGCCACUCAGAAUGGAGACAAUCCGAUUUUUGACGAGACUUUUGAGUUUCAGAUCAACCUGCCGGAACUGGCCGCUUUGCGCUUUGUAGUCCUGGAUGAUGACUACAUAGGGGACGAGUUUAUUGCACAGUAUACCAUCCCCUUUGAAUGCCUCCAGCCUGGGUACAGGCAUGUGCCUCUCCAGUCUUUGACCGGAGAGUUCCUGGCGAACACCACCUUGUUUGUACACAUAGCUAUUACCAAUCGGAGAGGAGGGGGAAAAGCGCACAAGUGGGGUCUGUCGGUUCGGAAAGGAAGAAAAGCACGGGAGUAUACGUCUACUAGAACUACGGGGAUCAAGGUCAUCGAUGAGGUCUUUAGGGCAGCCACGCAGCCACUUCGAGAAGCUACUGAUCUCAGGGAAAAUGUCCAGAAUGCAAUGGUCUCCUUCAAGGAGCUGUGUGGCCUGACCCCUGCUGCCAACAUGAAGCAGUGCAUUCUGACUGUGUCGACCUGGCUGCUGAACAGUGACAACACCAUGCUGGUGACUCUGAACCUGAGUGAGCACUACCCAGCCAUGGAGGCACAGGGACCAAUCCCUGAGCUUUUUCGCAAGGUGCUCACCGCCUAUGAUACGAUGAUUCAGACCAGCCGGACUCUGAUUGAAUCUGCGGACGCUGUCUAUGCCAAGAUAAUGCAGACUCAGAGGACUGGUAGCACAUGGCAACAUAGAAACAGAGAAGAAACAGUGGGAGACGUCCCAGCCCUUUGGUGGUUAGAAAUAACCGUAGCUGCUGUGAAAAGGAUGGAUUUCUACGAAGACUUGCACAGGAUAGGAGCUAAGGAGGGUCUGAAGGGAAGAAAGAUGCAGAAAGCCAUGGAGAGCUUUGCCUGGAGCAUCACAGUAUUAAAGGGCCAAGCGGACCUGCUGAAACACGCCAAGAACGAGGCCCUGGACACCUUGCGGCAGAUCCACUAUGCAGCGCAGUCCUGUGGCCUGAGCAAGAACGGCUCUGCCUCCCCUGACCUGCUCCGCACGCGGCCGGGGCUGGAGCCCAUUCCUGAGACUGAGAACGGGAGCGACACCGGCUCCUGCUGACCCCGGCACAAGGGAGGAUGCAGGGAGAGACUGGAGAGGGCGGCUCCUUUGACAACUAUGAACGAGCCACCUUGAAACAAACAUGCAAUCCCACAAUCCAUCUCCAGAACUGUUCCAUUGCACUUUGUGGAUGGUUGAUAGCCAGUGGCAACCAAUGUGGAGCCUGUGACUGGUCACUAGAGGGGCAUUCGGCAAGUCGACCCUUGCUAGCACAGUAGGGCUAGCCCCAGACCAAGCUCUUGUGAUCCUCCUGAACUUUUCAACAGGGACCCCUGUUCCACAGCUUUCUCAUUCUUAAGGUGCUGAAGCAAGUGGUGCAAUGGACAGUUUUACAAGCAGAGGAAAACCUUUAAAUGAACAGGUUUUUAAAACUCAAAGGACUCUUAAUUGCUGAUUUAACCUUGUUUCGUCAAACUCUUGUGCAUUGAGUGUGGGCUUGUGUGAAGAAGAUAAAAAAAAAACCAAACCUAACUUUUAUUCUGUUAAUGGCUACUGUGAAUCUUGUACGACUAACAAACUGCAGCAGGACUAUUAAAAAUCUGUUGUAACUGUAAUUCUCCUUUUAUUUUUGUAUUUCUUUAUAAUUCGCUGUUCUGACAUCACAGCAUAAUUCACUGUUCUGAUGAUGCACCUGCUCUUGUGGUUUAUGAUGGCACAGAACCCCUCAAUGGAUUUUAUUAUGUUUCAUUUCAUUGCAACCCAUUUUUUAUUUUAUAUUGUAACCGGGGGCAACUGUUUACUGCCAAACCACAUUGCCUACUGUACAGUAUUUGCAUAAUCAUCUAUUCCAGCACAUCUCAAACUUCGCUGCAAUGCGACCCCCUUCUAGCAGUAAAAAUGACUACGCGACACCACUGCCCUGUGUUAUUGCAGUAUAGUGUGUAU